AUGAGACUGUAUUUGAAAGAGUGUGAUGAUUUCAGAGGCUCUAUUGAGACUUUAGUGAUCUAUAAUGAUUUCAGAGGCUGUAAUAUAAUUGAGAGAGAGUAUAUUUCAGAGACGAUAAUCUACCAAUGCGUACAGAAAUACGACGCGAACUUCUGCUACAAGAUCAUCGCGGUAUGUGCCUCGAUGUACAGCGUGCCGUACACGGAAGGUCCGGUGCAGAGACUGCCGCAGAACGUGGUCAAGUGCUUGUACUCGAACGAUGUGCUCGUGCUGUGCCGAGCCAAGCACGGCACUGCCUUCUGCAACAACCUCGCUGCGGCUUGCUCGAAACUCACCAAUAUACCCGUACCUCAGAUCACUCCGGAUGUCGCGUACGUCCUGCCGAAACCAGUCGCCGAUUGCAUGCAGAAAGGUUCGAAUUUUGCUCUGGCUUUUGGCUCUGCAUUCAGAGAGAUCAGAUCAGGAGUGAUCGGUUUAGAUCAUUAG